AUGCUGCUCGGCCGCGCUAGGCGAUCAUAUGACAGUGGGCCCCCGACCCCGCCGUCACCGAUUUUUGGCGUUGAUGACGGCGAUGACGAGCAGAGCGAUAGCAGUCGUCGAAGGCGCAGCCAUAGUAAUCACCACAGGUCUGCAUCCUCUAGUGGUGCAACACCGCGUCCAAAACCAUCCGUUUUCCGCUCGGGUCCCUUCUUAGCCCUGCCCACUUUUCACCAUGAGCAUGAUCGCCGCCGGCAGCAGCAUGAAGCAUUACUUGAUGCUGAUAAUUACCCUGAUUUUAAUGGUUCUGCACCGCAUGCGCGUCCCAAUCUGAACAUUAAUACCCUUAGCUCCGAUCCGUUCCUUGCUGCGCCUCAGCAACAAUCAUCAAGACGACUGGGCUUCUUUACUGCGUCGAACAGUAUUAGCAACCCCAGGAAUACAAGCCCAUCUCCUUCGCAGCACCUCAAGCACGGCGACCGGUCGCAUUCUCAUCCUUGCGCUGAAGCUGCAACCUUCCAGUCAUCGAUAAUGGCUUCUGUCGCAUCUUCGAAUACCCUCAAAUCACAUACAUCUCCCUCGAAACCCUCCUCUACUCGGACUUACGAUGCGAAGCUUGUUUCACGAGAAAUGCACCGCCUCGGGACUCUCGCAGGUCUUAAUCCCAGUAUUGCCCCCUCUCUAUCCACAGGUCCUGUUGCACCCCCUCUUACACUCACACCAUCAACCUCGCCAUCCAGCAGUGGUAUUGCAAGUACUCCUACACUUCAUUCCAGCGCGUCAAGCGUGGGUAUAACAGACAAGGACAAUCCCUGGCGCACACUACAUGUGCAUGUCCUCCCUCUAUUCAACGAGGAGCCAUUACGUGUACCCAUAGAAGAUCUUAACGCCCUUCUGUGUCUCCCUUCAAAAACCCUGGCAACUCUCGAAACGGACGCGCGCGAGCUCAUCGCAGCAGGCAUGGUCACUCUCAACGCCAAGCUCUCUAAUAUUUCAGACGAAAUAUUACUGGGCCGUGUCAUUGAGAUCUGGGCCUUUUUCUGGGACCAAAUACUCCCGUAUAUCGAGGGGGUCCUAUUACCAUUGCAAACAGAUUCUUUACUGACCUCGCUACAUCGUACGCAAAAACAACACCGGUCAUCUUCGCCCACGCGACAAGGCAGUAAACUAAGUGGCUCAUCAGCGCUAUCUUCGUUAUAUCCGACCAUUGACGUUCGCAGUGUUGCCUUAUGUGCGUUCCGCGAUCGUGUCGUGCUUCCCAUCCAUAGCCGUCUACAAGACCUGCUGUCCCCUCCUUUUGGGAAAGACAUGCUUGCACGGCUAAGUCCAUUCCGUCAACCGAGAUUGCAGCAGAUGUUACUGGUCCUUACAUCUGAGCGGCGUGUCCGUUCCCCCUCUCCACCCCUUUCACUACACACACCUAUUAUCCAGCCUUCGGCAGGCGAGGCAGCAAUAGAAUCUCUACUCCGGCUAGUCUCGAAUCCACAGCGGCUUUCGCAUGGACACGGUCUCGCACCUCGGGCGGCCACACCCAGUUUCCUGUCAGCUGGGCGCCCACGUGAUCGACGUGGGCGAAUUGGCUCCUCCGGAGCGGCGAGUGUACUUGGGAUUGUUGGCGGGUGGGCAACGAUGCCCGUACCGACAGAUGAGCGGGAGGAAGAAGAAGAGGGUGGAGAGACUCCGAAAAUUGGGGGGAUCGAUAAAGGGCUGGCGAAGCCGUAUCACCAGCGUGGGGGUGGAUGGGGUCUUGGAGCUGGGAACGAAGACAUUAUCAGGCCAGUUGAGGAAGAUGACGAUGACGAAGCGUUAGACUGGGAUCAGGCUCAGGCUGCGGUCGAGAAGAUGGUAGGAAUAAAACCCGUUGAAGCCGUUGCUGAUUUGCGCAGAAGGGCAACUUAG